CCGGUGCCACCGUCGUUGGCGCUGCUUGCCGCUGCUUACAUUUAUUACGAUUUGUACUGGAAACGACGAUUGCUUCCGCCUGGGCCAACACCUUGGCUGUUUUUUGGCAAUCUUUUUCACUUCAUGUUCUAUCGGUCCAUUGAUGAAAUGUUCCUUGCAUGGAAACAAAAAUAUGGCAAAAUAAUAACGUUUUGGAUUGGACCAAUACCGCUGGUGAUGGUGGCGGAUGUGGAAAUGAUGCGCGAAUACUUCGUACAAAAUGCAGAUGUGUUCAGCAAUCGGUGGCGCAAUCAUGCAACCGACUGCUUCAUGGGAGGCCCAUAUGGCAUAAUCCAGAUUGACGGCAAUAAGUGGAAGGAGCAGCGGCGUUUCACGCUCCGUGUACUACGGGAUUUCGGCGUUGGUCGGGCACUCAUUGAGCAACGCAUCCUAACAGAAGUUGAUUACUUUGUCGACUACUUGCAAGCGAAGUGUGAGCAUGGAGAGGAGGUGGACAUUUGCGCUAUGCAUUCGGUCUGCGUCGGA